UCAAAAAAAUUCAAAACUACGUCGCCCCCAUAAUAGGGUUUAUAAAAAGAGGAAAACUGGGAAAGAGAAGAGUUUUCCCUCCACAUUCCUUCUUAUUCACGAAACUCGAUAAUGGCCGAUUUCUCAGUUUGCCCUAUCUGUAAUCUUAGAGUUCUAACCUUUGAACUCGAAAGGCACGCUAACAGUCACUUCGACGAUGAAGACAUUGACAAAGACUUCGAAUUGGCUCAACAAAUUGCUCUUGACCUUGCCUGUGCCCCUUCAAGUCCACCUUAUAUACCGGUUGAUGAUGACAUGCAGUGUGAAACUAGUUCUCGAAAGGAUCGGGAGAGUAGUUUUUUGAAGUCUGAGGCCAAAAAUUGCAAUCCUGGAGGGAAAGAUAUUGAUGAAAAAGCAAGGAUUUUAUCUAGUGUGCACAGUAAUGAAACCCAACCUCAGAUUGGACAAGGGUUGAUGGAUUUGUUGAAGAACUGUUUAGAGUUGGAGACUGAAAAAACCACCACUAUUUUGUGUGGUAAUGUUGAUCAUUUCCAAAGCAGCCAUUCGGAGGAUUUUGGGUGGGGUUGUGGCUGGCGUAAUAUCCAGAUGCUUAGUUCUCACUUGCUUAAGCAACGGCAAGAAGCAAGGGAGGUCUUGUAUGGAGGUUCUGGGUUUGUACCUGACAUCCCUUCACUCCAAAGAUGGCUUGAAAUUGCUUGGAAAAGAGGCUUUGAUAAACAGGGCUCAGAAGAUUUUGAUCAAGCAAUUUAUGGCAAAAGAAAUUGGAUUGGAACUACAGAGUGUGCUACGCUCUUCCGUUCAUUUGGCCUUCGUGCCAGGAUAGUGGACUUUGUAAGCCGGGAGAUAGACAUUAGGUCAAGUGAAGUUGGUAAAUGUGUGGGCAACAUGGCACCUCAGGUUUAUGGACCCAUGGAUAGAUAUCUGUCCAAAGGGAAAAAUGUUGUAUCCAAGGCUGUUCCGAUUUCGUAUGAUGUAAAGGCUAAGCCUAAGGUCCAGCAGGCACUCAUUGAUUGGGUGUGGAAUUACUUCGCUGACAAUAAAUCCAGGAUAUCCGGCAAUCAUGGUAUCCUAGUCAGUCAAAAAGCGCCUUUGUACUUCCAGCAUGAUGGCCAUUCAAGAACCAUUGUUGGGAUUCAAAUGAAAUGCCAGAGAAAUGGACCGAUGCAGUACAAUCUAUUGAUCUUAGAUCCAGGUCAUACAACAGAAUCCUUGGCAAAAUCUCUUAAAGGAAACUUCGGUUGGCAAAAGCUAAUAAAAAGAGGUGUCCACACUCUGAAGAAGCCAUUAUAUCAGUUGUGUUUUCUUGAUCCUGGAAUUGCUUCUGGGGAGGAGAUUGAGAGCCUAAAGAAUCUACACAGCAUCCGUGUUGAAGCUUAGUCCUAAAAUCUAAAGGAUGUACAAUAUCCAACUAGAAUUUCAUACAGAUAUUUUAAAGGGGUGCUCUUAGCUUGCAUGUAUCAAUUCUGUGUACAGUCAUUUUGGUGAUGAAAUAUAGGUCAACUGUUUUACCAUAUAUUUUCUGCAAAUAUUAGCUACGGUGACACUAAGCUCCUGUAUCUAUUAAAAUGAGAAAAAGAUUUGGGAGUUGGAGGUGUGUUAAUGUCCCUAGUACUGGAUCAGUCAAUGGACUAUUAACGGGAAAGUCAGGCCUAAAACACAGGUUUGACCUUGUUUUGUUCCUUGACUUGGCUAUGAUUGCUGAAUUUUGGCAAUACAUUGAAGGGAAUUGCAGACAUUGGAACUCAUCAGAGAGUUCCCGAUCUCCUCCGUUAAGGGAAAUUUAACCUGCUCUCAGAUAGAGGGGGUACAGAAUGAGUUAACUCACUGGUUGAAUAGCAAGAGUCCUAACAAAAUAAAUAUAGGAAAAGUCCUAAUUCACCUAGGAAAGUUCUAUUUAGUGUUGUCAGAGACGCUUAAUCCCUGCAGCCAAGCAAAAUGUGUUGAGCGCUUCGCCUCGCUUAAUGUGCACUUCGGUGUCCUCAUCAAGGUUCUAAUACAUACUAUUCCUUGCCAAUGAGCCUAAUGAGCCUCUUCAGAAGAGUGACACUAAACAAGUGAUAUUUCACUUUAUUGUAAUUUUUGUUCAAUUUCUUUGUUCAUAUAUUUUAAUCUUAGACUAAACAUAGAUAUUUGUAUUUUUUCCUCCCGUUGUGUUUUUUUUUUCCAUUAAAGCCCAUGCUUUAUUUGUGUUUUGAGCUUAAAGCCCCAGCAGGCUGAGCCUUUUUGCGCUUUUGCUUUGAUCACAGUGGUUCUAUUUGAAGCUAAUUAAAUAAUUCAACACCUAUCAAUCCCAUACUGGCCCUGUCUGGUUUUUUUUCUUCACCAAAUGCAACAGUGUUAUGACCAACAAAUUAAUAGUUUACAUGAGGGUGAAUCCUAACUCUUACCUUUGAUGCAAUUAUCAGCGUACAUCAAUUCUUUUUCUCCAUACUUUGGAGCCUUACAAAUCUUGAAUAAACACCAUCUGGUUCUGCCAUCAGGUUUGAGUGGCUGCCCUUUUCCACAAUCUUACCUUUGUCCAUAACAACAAUUGUAUCUGAAUUUAUUACUGUGGAAAGCCUGUGAGCAACUGUGAUCUGUGUCACUUUUGUGAUCCCGGAGCUGUUUAGUUUCAUUGAUUCCAGUGCACUCACCACUGCCCUUUCAGACUCGGUAUCUAAGGCACUUGUUGCUUCAUCCAACAACAUUAUUCUGGGUUUUUUGAGCAAGGCCCUUGCUAUUGCUACUCGCUGCUUUUGCCCUCCAGAAAGUUGAGAACCCUUCUCCCCAACAAGAGUGUCGUAUCCAUCAGAUAUUUUCUCUAAUUGAGCAGCUAAACAGGAGUGGCUCCUGCUGUACCAAUCCAAUCUGUGCCCUCAACUUUCUAAGGUUGUAAUCUCUUAUAUCCUUGCCAUCAAUCAGAACUUUUCCCUCAUUCGUAUCAUAGAAUCUCAGUAACAAUGCUACAAUUGAAGAUUUUCCAGCUCCACUUUCCCCAACAAGUGCCACCUUUAAUCCGGCUUCAAUUUGUAGACUGAAAUUGUUGAGAACUGUUACUUCCCGUCUUGAUGGGUAACAAAAUUGGACAUUUAGGAACUCAAUUUCUCCUUUGAUGG